AUGUUGGUGGUGGUGUGGAUUAGCCUGGCCGUCUGCUUCCCAGCUUUGGGUUCCUCAGGCCGACCUGUGGCAGUAACAAAGUAUGGCGUACUCCUUGGAAAGCAGACCCGUGUGGAAGGAAAAGCUGUCAACAUUUACUUGGGGGUCCCUUUCGCCAAGCCCCCCGUGGGCAAGCUGAGAUUUGCUCCUCCAGAGCCACCUGAGCCUUGGAAUAACAUAAGAAAUGCAGGCACCUACCCUCCUGCUUGCCUCCAACAGUACUGGGGCCAAAUUGCACACCUGUACUUUACAACCCAAAAAUACCAAACCUGGCUGAGAUUCCAAGAGGAUUGCUUGUAUCUGAACAUAUAUACACCAGCCCAUGCCCAGAGGAAGAUCAAACUACCGGUGAUGGUCUGGUUUCCUGGUGGUGCCUUCGUGAUAGGAGCAGCCUCUACGUAUGAUGGCUCUGUGCUAUCUGCCCAUGAGGAUGUGGUGGUGGUUUCCAUUCAGAAUCGACUUGGUAUCCUGGGCUUCCUCAGCACUGGAGAUGCCCAUGCCCGAGGGAACUGGGCGCUGCUGGACCAGAUAGCAGCUCUGCGUUGGGUGCAAGAGAACAUUGCUGGUUUUGGCGGGGACCCCAGCUCAGUGACCCUAUUUGGCCAGUCCUCAGGAGCCAUAUGUAUUUCAGGGCUGAUUCUGUCUCCCUUAUCUAAGGGCCUCUUCCAUGGGGCCAUCUCUCAGAGUGGAACAGCCCUCCUAAAGCUCUUCAUUUCUUAUGACCCACUGAAGAUUGCCAAGAGAAUUGCUAAAGCGGCCAAAUGUGAAACUAACAGUAGCCAGGUCCUGGUGCAGUGUCUCAGAUCCAAGACUGAGGCAGAGAUUCAAAAGGUGUCUAACAAAAUGGUAGGUGGAACCAGAAAGGAGAGGAAAACAACCGUUCUCAUUAAGCUAGGGCUGAUGCCCCAGCCCUACUCAGGAUCAGUUUGUGCUUCUGGGAGCUGUGCCUUCCUGCAGAACCCCUGGCCUCCUGGAGGUCAGAUCCCCUUGUUGUGGAGAGGAACAGCAUCAUCCCUCUCUCCCAAGGCGUCCCAUGCUGCUUCCAGAGGUUCAUCAGUGCACACGCACACAUUUAGAACACGUGUGCGCAUAUGCGCGGGACGGUCGCGUACAGACGCUGCUUGUGUCUCCGUCCGUAGGGCCGCGCGUACGCGUGGGUGUGCGCACACAUUUCUCCCCAUAUGUAUGCCUUACACGCACGUGUAUGUCACGAGGACAGACCGCCCCCCACGGAGCGCACACUCCCUCCCUCCUCAGCCCAGAGGAGGUGCAGAAGCUGGCUUCCGGGAAGCCUGGGUCUGGCCGCGGGUGGGGGCCCACGGCCGCCGUGUCCGCCCUUUUCCCAAGGCUGACGGCGCUGCCCGGACGCCGCGCCGCGCACCCCUCCCUUCCCCGAGGAGGGGCGGCGAGCGGAGUCUCAGCGUAGGGGCCCCGCGGAGGGCCCUCAACCGCCCUUUCGGGGCCUCGCUCCCGCCGCGCGGGCCCGGACACCCGGGCUUCAGGGAGGGCCGGACCGGGGCUCCCCGCAGCGGGCCUCCCGCGGGAGCCCUCGGCGCCGCCCGGCCCGCUCCCGCCCCGGCCCGGCCCCCGCUCCGGGGCUCACGGCCCCCCCGGGGUCCCCUGGUCGGAGCCGGCGCCGCCCCGCCCCGGGCCCCGCGUACUUUGGGGCUCACGGGCCUCGGGGUCUGGAUCUUUCUCCGGGGCGGGAGGGGCGCCUGGGCUCGCCGCGGCGCUUUGGGCGGAGGGGAGCGGAGAAACUGCAGGAGCGUCUUUCCUGCCAUGCGGAGCACCUCCGGCCGCCAGGGCACUGGCGGGCCCAGACCGCUACUGGCGGUUGAACCGCUGGGGCUGGACCGGGCUCUUUGCCUGCUGACAUCCCGUGUUCUCGGGUCUCUUUCCUCUCCUACAUCCCGUGUUCUAGCUCCUUUGCCUGCUGACAUCCCGUGUUCUCGGGUCUCUUUCCUCUCCUACAUCCCGUGUUCUAGCUCUUUCCCUGCUGACAUCCCGUGUUCUCGGGGUCUCCCAACACCUCCCCAAAAAAGCAGGUUCCCUCCUAAAUCUUUUUAUAUGAUUUUACCCUCUUUUGCAUGCAUAUGUACUUGCACCGUGUCCAUGGUCACCUUAGACAUUUCAUUUCAUCAUCAGAUCAUGCAUAUUCCGAUCCAGCGUCAAAUAAUAACUAAAACCAAAGUCGUUGAACUGCUAUGGAACGCCUCUGCGCUCCUGAACAUCACCAAAGACCAGAUUCCUCUGGUGGUGAAAGAGUACAUAGGAGACUUUAACUUCCAAAGAGGAAAAUUUAAGCAGCUGGUUCAGGUUUGAAACAAUUUCCUGGAGUUGGCUGGGGAUGGAACUUUUUUGGUAGCAUCUAUUCAGACAGCACGUUAUCACAGAGAUGCUGGCCUUCCUGUCUACUUUUAUGAGUUCAACCAUCAUAUAAAAGCUAAGUUCAUUAUCAAAGCCCGAACUGAUGUAGCCGACCAUGGUGAUGAGAUUGGUUUCAUUCUUGGGACUCAACUCCACAACGGGUUUGCUACGGAAGAAGAGAAAAAACUCAGUAGAAACAUGAUGAAAAACUGGGCCAAUUUUGCCCGCACAGGGAACCCCAAUAGCCAUGGCCUGUUGGAAUGGCCACGAUAUGAGAAUGAAGAGAAGUACCUGCUGCUGGAUUUAAAACAGAGUGUGGGAACAAAACUGAAGGAGAAAAAGGUGGCUUUUUGGAGUAGGAUCCAAAACCAUCACCACAAGCAAUCUCAGCAUGGAGGGGAGUUUUGAAUCUGGUGGAGCUGCUGGUGCUGGUUUAAGCUUAAAAUACUGAAGAGACAAAGGAACUCCUUAAAUCCUAAUCCCUAAGGUUGGGGGAUGAGGGUAAUCUGAGCAGACUUUGGGGAACAGAUGAAUUAUCAACAGAAACUUUUGGGGAAAUUGAGGUCCCCCUGAGGUAACUGCACUAAAAACUUGGGGUUCUUAAAGGUCAUUGGUUUCUGUCUUCACUGGACUUCUGAGUUUUUUCCUCCUCAAAAUGCUGGCUGUCAUCACCAUUCCCCCUGGAAGCAGCAGCUCUCCUGCAAUAGACUUAGCUUCCUGCCCCCUUUACUGCAACCUGGGUUCUUAUUCCUGGGAGGCCAACAUCUACCUUAUUCCCUCCUCCACCACUCAAACUAUACCUCCAUCAAUUCUGAAAUGCCCAGGAAACCCUAGACCCAUCUUCUGUGACUGAGAAUGGCACACGCCACCCCCCCGGCAUGAUCCACAGAGAGGGUA